GGUCUUGUGGCGCUCAUGCUGGCGCAGGGGGAGGUGGCUCUGGGGAGUCCCUGGGAGUCUGAUGUGGCCCCGUCCCCCUGCAGGCUGCUGGUAGGGGCCCCACAGGCACCAGCCUUCCCGGGCCAGGGGGCAAACCGGACCGGGGGCCUCUAUGCCUGCCCGCUGACCCACGAGCCCGAUGACUGCUGGCGUGUGCCCAUCGACCAGGGAGCGGACCUGCAGAGGGAGAGCAAGGAGAACCAGUGGCUGGGUGUCAGCGUGCGGAGCCAGGGCCCCGGGGGCAAGAUCGUGGCGUGCGCCCACCUGUAUGAGGCGCGGCACCGCGUGGGGCAGGAGCUGGAGACGGGCGAUGGCGUGGGCCUGGCUGCUGGCGACUGGACCUUCUGCCAGGGGCGGCCCCAGGGCCACGACCGCUUCGGGCUGUGCCAGCAGGGCCUGGCCGCCGGCUUCUCCCCCGACCGCCGCUACGUGCUCUUUGGCGCGCCUGGCACCUACAACUGGAAGGGGACGGUGCGGGUGGAGCGCUGCAACCAGAGCACCCUGGACCUGGGGCUCCUGGACGACGGGCCCUACGAGGCCGGGGGCGAGAAGGAGCAGGACCCCUCACGCAUCCCCCUGCCCGCCAACAGCUACCUGGGGCUCUUGUUUGUGACAAAUGUUGAUAGCUCGGACCCCGACCAGCUGGUCUAUAAAACGCUGGAGCCGUCCGAGCAGGGGCCAGGGGCCAGCGCCGACGUGGCCCAGAAUAGCUACCUAGGCUUCUCCCUGGACUCGGGGAAGGGGCUAACGCGGGCACAGGAGCUGAGCUUCGUGCCAGGCCCCCCCCGUGCCAACCACACGGGCGCCGUGGUCCUGCUGCGCCGCGACGCCCUCAACCGCCUGGUGCCCGAGGCCCUGCUGCCUGGCGAGCAGCUCACCUCUGCUUUCGGCUAUGCCCUGGCCCUGGCCGACCUCAACAGCGACGGCUGGCUGGACCUGGUGGUGGGGGCCCCCCACUUCUUCGACCGGCACCGGGAGCUGGGCGGUGCUGCCUACGUCUACAUCAACCCCAGCGGGCGCUGGGAGGGUGCUCGGCCCCUGCGCCUCAAUGGCCCCCCUGGCUCCAUGUUCGGCGUCGCUGUCGGGGCCCUGGGUGACCUCAACCAGGAUGGCUUUGAGGACGUGGCUGUGGGAGCCCCCUUUGAUGGUGCCGGCAAGGUCUAUAUCUACCACGGCAGCAGCCUGGGCAUCGUCACCAAGCCGGCGCAGGUCCUGGAUGGGGAGGCUGUCGGCAUGACGACCUUCGGCUACUCGCUGUCGGGGGGCCUGGACGUGGAUGGGAACGCGUAUCCCGACCUGCUGGUGGGCUCGCUGGCUGACACUGUGGCCCUGUACAGAGCCCGGCCCGUCAUCCACGUGUCCCGAAGCAUCACCCUGGAGCCCCCGAACAUUGACUUGGAGCGCGAGACCUGCCGAGGGCAUCCGGGCAUCUGCGUGGAUGUGCGCCUUUGCUUCAGCUACACGGCCACCCCCACCAGCUACAGCCCCCACGUCACACUGGAGUACUUGCUGGAGGCCGACGCGGACCGGCGGCAGCUGGGCCGGAUGCCGCGUGUGGCCUUUCCCCAGCGGCGCCCCACGGACCCCGAGCACCGUCUCUCGGGUGAGGUGGAGCUGCCGGGACAGCGCGCCCGUGUCUGCGUGGACUCCACCUUCCAGCUCCAGGACAACAUCCGUGACAAGCUGCGGCCGAUCGCCGUGGUGCUGAGCUACAACAUCAAGCUGGCCCGCAGCAAGCGCCAAGCCCCUGGUGCUGCUCUGCCCCCGCUCCCGCCUGUGCUCAGCGCCCAGCAGCCCAGCAUCCAGCGGGCACAGGUGCAUUUCCUGCGGCAGGGCUGCGGGGAAGACAAAGUCUGUCAGAGCAACCUACAGCUGGAGGCGUGGUUCUGCUCCCGCACGGGGGACGCCGACUUCCUGCCCCUGCCCAGCGAGGCCGAUGGCACGGCCAUGUUCGCCAUGACCGACCAGAAGGACGUGGCCCUGGAGAUCCACGUGACCAACAUGCCCUCGGACCCAACCAAGCCGCAACGUGAUGGCGACGAUGCCCAUGAGGCCUUGCUCACUGCCACCUUCCCAUCCGCCCUGCUGUAUGCCAGCGCCCGGCCCUACGAUGCCCGUGCGCCCCCUGGCAUGGAGAAGCCAGUCUUGUGCCAGUCGAAUGAGAAUGGGUCACAGGCCGAGUGCGACCUGGGCAACCCCAUGAAGCGCGGUGCUCAGGUGCGGUUCUACCUCAUCGUCAGCACCUCGGGCAUCACCCUCGAGACCACAGAGCUGGAGGUGCAGCUGCAGCUGAGCACGAUCAGCGAGCAGCCAGGGCUGCAGCCGGUGCUGGUGCGGGCGCGUGUGGUCAUCGAGCUGCCCCUCUCCGUCAUCGGCACGGCCAACACGGCGCAGCUCUUCUUCGGCGGGACCGUGCGGGGCGAGAGUGCCAUGAAGCACGAGAGCCAGGUGGGCAGCGCCAUCCAGUACAACGUCACGGUCUCCAACCAGGGCCAGUCGCUGCGGACGCUGGGCUCAGCCUUCCUCAACCUCCAGUGGCCACACGAGACCCCCAACGGCAAGUGGCUGCUGUACCCUGUGCGCCUGGAGCUGCAGCCCCACGCGGGGCCACGCGUGGCCUGCAGCCCUGCCACCAACCCCCUGCAGCUAGCGCGGGAGACCCCUGGCCGCAGCCGGCGGGCAGCCGAGCCCCCAGAAAUGCCCCCCAAGACGCCCCAGCGCCGGCUCCUGCCUGCAGAGAGGAGGAAGAACAUCACCUUGGACUGUGCCCACGGCACCGCGCGCUGUCUGGUCUACCAGUGCCCACUGCACAGCUUCGACCGUGCUGCCACACUCAAGGCCUGGGGGCGCCUCUGGAAUAGCACCUUCCUGGAGGAUUACCUGUCUGUCACCUCCGUGGAGCUCAUCGUCCGGGCCAGUGUCACUGUGAAAUCCUCUGUGCGCAACUUGGUGCUGAAGGACGCGGCCACCCAGAUCCCGGUGACCAUCUACCUGGACCCGAGCGUGGCAGGCGCCCGGGCCGUGGCCUGGUGGAUCAUCCUGCUGGCUGUGCUGGCCGGCAUCCUGCUGCUGGCCCUGCUGGUCGCUGUCCUCUGGAAGUGUGGUUUCUUCCGGCGCGGUGCCCACGACCCGCCCUACGCCACCAGCUACUACCGGGCGCACCUGGCGGUGCAGCCCUCCGAUGCGGAGAAGCCAUAGGGCUGGGCUUUUUCAAACGGGCGCGGGCCCGGCCGCCCGCAGUGCCGCGGUACCAGGCAGUCAAGA